GAGACGCAACAAAGAGCGACAGUAGUGGGCCUUGCUAUCAGCGUGGCUUACUAUAGCUUUAAGAACUUAAAAUAGGGUCUGGGUCUUUAAAAUGAAUUUUGCAGUUAUUAUAGAGAUGAUAGACUAAGUUUUCUAUUUGUACGACUUACAUUUCUGCACUAAAUUUGCAAAAAGAUGUAAGAGCGUCCAUUGAAAUAUGUUUGACAAUCGGAUCAGGGCCGUAAGCAACCCAACAUUUUUCAUAUUUUAUGCCUCCUGUUUAUUUCAAGCUAUGUUUCAUUUCGUUGAGAAUUUUUGAGGCGUCCUGAAGUAAGAGAAAACAACUUUAGCAGUGAUGGAGCCGCAGCUCUCGAAUAACAAAGAGGAGGUGGAGAAUGAGACGGCCAUGGAGAAAUCCGCGGGACAGAGUACCGCAUCCACCCCGUGCAGGGCAUUCAGAGGACGCGGGGACGGGUGCUUGAAGACCGAAGUGACUUGCCCACCCGAAACAAACGGAGCUGCGACGAGCGUGGCGGGUUCCGGGCGGGUUUUACGUGACAGGUCAACGAGAACGAUUCCUGUGUGGAGGCAGAGCGAUAUCGGGGAGGACCGGGAUGAAGUCACACGCGAUGCUGCGGCGAAUCGCCGGAGGAAAGCGAAAUGCCCGCGGCGUAGGAAGAGCGCAGCAACCGCCGCAGGUUCAUCGGAUGCGGGCAGAGAGUGCGGCGGCGACUGCGACCUGCCGGAUGAGUUUGAAGAAAACAAGGAUGCGCUGGUUAAUCGAGCGGCCCGCGGCAGACGGGUGCAGGUGCGCUCAGGGGCCCGCACCUGCCGGGGCUCGCCUAGGACUGUGUUUAAAAUUGAGCCAGAAAUGGACAUUGACUAUGUGGAGGCCAAUAAAGCAGUCGAAAAGACAGGAACAAGUGUGGAGAAAAAGGAAGAGGAGAGCAUGGAUGAUGAGGUCGUUGUAGAAGAGGAAGAGAGUCAAUUUUUGGAUGAUCCAAAAGAUGAAAACUACCUGCCCCAUUCACAUAGUGAGGAAGAGGACAUCAUCAGCAGUGAUGAAGAUGUCCCUUUUAGAGAUGACCUGAAUGACCAGAGCUAUGAUCCUAAGGAUUUUCCGAAGUCGAGGCGCAGACCCCCUACUAGACUGAAGGAGAAGAAAGACAAGGCUGCAGUGCCAGAGACUGCAACAGAGCAAGAGACAGAGAUCAAAACUGAGGGAGGGGAGAGCACAGGUGUGCAGACUGCUGCUGAAGUUGAGGAAGGUGCCGAGCCACCCAGGAAAAGAGGGCGAAGAAAGAAAGAUGAUAAAAGUCCUCGUCUUCCUAAGAGAAGGAAAAAGCCGCCUGUGCAGUAUGUGCGUUGUGAAAUGGAAGGAUGUGGUACAGUGCUAGCCCAUCCGCGCUACUUACAGCAUCACAUCAAAUACCAACACCUGAUGAAGAAGAAGUACGUCUGCCCUCAUCCCUCAUGCGGACGACUCUUCCGGCUGCAGAAACAACUACUGCGGCAUGCCAAGCACCACACCGAUCAGAGAGACUAUAUCUGUGAGUUCUGUGCUCGCGCCUUCAAGAGCUCUCACAACCUGGCUGUACAUCGAAUGAUACACACCGGAGAGAAACCACUGCAGUGUGAAAUCUGUGGUUUCACUUGCCGUCAGAAGGCCUCCCUUAACUGGCACAUGAAGAAGCACGACGCCGAUGCCACGUACCAGUUCUCCUGCAGCAUCUGCGGCAAGAAGUUCGAAAAGAAGGACAGUGUAGUGGCUCACAAAGCCAAGAGCCACCCCGAGGUGCUCAUUGCUGAGGCCCUGGCCGCCAAUGCCGGAGCACUCAUCACCACUCCUGCUGGAGUCACCACGCUGCUGGAGACCUCCACGAGCUUCAUGCAGGCAGAGCAGGUGGUCCCUGAGGCUCAGGGGAGCUCUGCGAUACCUGCAGAUCAGGUAGCCCCAGUGACGCACGUGGGUCCAGUGAUGGUUGUGGAUCAGGAUCACCCGCUACACACCAUGCAGGUACCGGUGACCCUGGCCUUGUCGUCGACAGAAGAGGAAAACAGCGCUCACUCGCAGCAGACGUCCGCUCACUCUCUGCAGAUGCCACUACAGUUUGUUUCGACUCCCGUCUCGCAGCAACACCAUAUCCAGCAGCUACCCAUUCAGCCCUCCACUACCAGCGUCACCCAGCAGGCCGCUUUGGUCCAGCAGCUGCCCAUUCAGUCCUACAGCCCUCAAUCCCAGAUUGUACACAUGGCCUUCAGAGCUCUUCCUCAGCAGCAGCUCCCACUGGUUUCUGUUGCACAGCAGCUGCCUCUUCAAACCACCCAGUCACAUCAAAACCAGAUCCUCCCUAGACCCCCAAGCCACAACCCGGCUCCCAAUACUUCCCUACUCUCCCAAACCCUGCCUGCUGACUCCCGGAGCGUUUUGGGAUUCGGGAGCGAUCCUGCAUCCUUAUCUGCAUCUCCCCAGUCUUCCACUACUCCUUCAGAGACGAGACAGGUGGUCUGGGAGGGAGACGGGACUAAUGAGAAUGGAAAUGGGGGUGGGGUUUGGGAGGUGGGUGGAGAGCGGGAGGAGCAAAACAUGACGGACAGUUCAGACGGCCAAAUACAGCGUGUUCUGAUGUAGUGAAGGAAGGAUGUUGAAGGUGUAACUUGGGAAGAUAGUGAGAUGACUGUUAUGUGUCGCGCUCCUACAAUGCCCUGAAGUUAAAUAUAUAGAGUCAUAAAUAUAUUGUGUGUAAUCGCAUUAACUUUUGGUAGCUUUGUAGAAAUGUCUGUACCAGGGAGAGUGUGUUUGAGUUAUUGUCAUUGUUCAUUUUGUAUAUAAACAGUUAUAGUCCUCUCCGACAACCACAUCUGUUUUGUGUGUGUGUGAGUGUGUUGUUUUGUGGCUGUAGAGGCUUCCACAGAACUUAAUUCACUUUAGUCUAUGUGAGUAAAGCCAUUGUGUGUAAGCAAACUUGUGCCAUCAAGUGGCUUGAAUUGGUACUGUCGAAAUUGGGGAUGCACCCAUAUUACAGCCGAUAAUUAUUUUCAUGUUAUGGUCAAUAUUAAA